AUGGAUUCCAAACUCGAUCGUUCAUCUCUGGAUGCUAACAAGGCUGAUAUCAUCCAUGAAGAACGGGCCAGAGUCGACGAACUGGAUGACUCAAUCGAAGAGACGGAUCCAGGUUGGGCUGUCUGGUUAAUUGCCUGUACAGUGUCGAUGGGAGGAUUCUUAUUCGGUAUCUACACAUCCAUCUAUUCAUCUAUUCCACCACCACAAAACACCCCCUAUAACACCCAAAGCCACCAGAAAGCUAAUACAACAGAAAAAGGCUACGACACAGACGUAAUUUCCGCCAUCCUAGUAAACCUAAACGAAGACCUAGGCCACACCCUCAGCAGCAAAGAAACAGAACUCAUAACGUCCAUAACCUCCGGUGGCGCCCUAAUAGGCGCAAUCCUAGCAGGCCUAACCUCAGACCGCUACGGCCGAAAACUAGGAAUCUACCUUGGCUGCGCACUCUUCACCGCCGGCGCCGUCCUCCAAGCCGCAUCCUUCACAGUCGCACAGAUGACAGUCGGUCGACUCGUCGUCGGACUUGGUGUUGGCAGUGCGGCGAUGAUUAUCCCGCUUUAUAUCAGUGAGCUUGCGCCUGCGCGGUUCCGUGGGCGCAUGAUUGUUUUUGAUAAUCUUUGUAUGGCGGGUGGUCAGCUUGUUUCUUAUGCCCUUGGUGCGGGUUUCACGCCCGUUGAACAUGGGUGGCGGUAUAUGAUUGCGCUUGGGGCUUUGCCGGCUAUCCUUUUGGCGGUUCUUAUGCCUAGGUGUCCUGAGUCGCCUCGGCAGUUGGUUUCUCAUGGAAGGUUUGAGGAGGGAGGUGUUUCUGUGUCUGAGAGGAGUUUGAAGUGGCAGUUUGGGAAGUUGUUUUUUGUUCCUGCUAAUUUGAGAGCGCUUGUUACGGCUUGUAUGGUUAUGGCUGUCUCUCAGCUCGGGGGCUUCAAUACCCUUAUGUACUACUCGAGUACGCUAUUUUCGAUGGUCGGUUUCGACACGCCUGUUGCAGUAUCAAUUGUGGUUGGAGGAACCAAUUUCCUCUUUGGUUUCAUCAACUUCGCAGUGAUUGACAGAUUUGGACGACGAGCCAUUCUGAUUGUCACAAUUCUCGGCAUGUCCCUCUCUCUGGUAGUAACAGCAAUCGCCUUCCACUGGAUCCCAAUAACACACAUGGACUCUGCAUCAACAACACUCUCGGGUUCCCAACCAUGGGCAACAAUCCUCCUCCUAGUAACAAUCAUCCUAUACGUGGCCUUCUUUGCCGCAGGGGUUGCACCUGUAGCAUGGGUCGGCACAGAGCUUCUUCCUCUUGAAGUGCGCGCACUUGGCACAAUGAUCAACUCUGUGACUUGCCGGGGAUGCAAUCUGAUUAUCUCGAGCACUUUCUUAUCCAUGAUGAAAGCAAGGACACCGAGUGGGACUUUUGCAUUCUAUGCGGGUAUUUGCUUUGUUGGUUGGCUCUUUGUUCUGGCGUGUUAUGCCGAGGUGCAUGGCAUGCCACUUGAGGAUGUUAGUGCUGUCUUUGAGAAGGGAUUUGGGGUUAAGGAAGCGAAGAUUUUGCAGAGAGAGCUUAAGGAGAGAAAGAGGGCCGAGGUUAGACAGGAGGGGUUACUGUAG